UGAGACCACACUUUCAACAUAACAAGAAUAUAUAAAGCAGCAUCCUGACGGGAAAACAAAGUCAUAAUACAACAGAAUGAAGAUCUCUGUGAGUGUUACGCUGUUGCUGCUGCUCGGCUGCGUCUCCACAAGUGAAGGUGUUGAAAUCCAGCCUGCUUCUGCUCCAGAUAUCUACGCUGAGCUGAGAGAGCUGACUGCCUCGUUGGUUCAACUGAAGGCAGACAUGACUACAGGUCAAGCACAGCAGAAGGCUGAAGCGGACAGGCUGAAGGCUGAAGUGGACAAGCAGAAGACUGAAGUGGACAAGCAGAAGAAUGAAGUGGACAGGCUGAAGCAACAAUUACAAGUCCAACAGGUUGCAUUCUCAGCCUCUCUGCUGCCUGGAGGCCAAACAGCAACUACUGGACCCUUUAACUCGCCCGCUACCCUGAUCUACAAACAUGUCCCCACCAACAUCGGAAAUGCCUACAACUCAAACACAGGUGUGUUCACUGCCCCGGUGAGAGGAGCGUACCACUUUGAGUGGACGAUCACUGCAUAUGGAGACAACAGCCACGCUUCAGGUGCUUCGUUGGUCAAGAACACAGAGUAUGUUUUCCUGGCAUGGGAGAAUCAGUCGGCCAAUUAUAUGAGUGCUUCUAAUGGUGCUACGCUGCUGCUGGAGGUGGGAGACGUCGUGUUUGUGCGUCUGAGGGCUGACAGUAAGGCGUAUGACGAUGGAAAUCACGUCACCACCUUCAGUGGGCAUCUGCUGUUCCCCAUGUGAGACAGAAACAGCAGCUCUGUGAUAGUCACACAGGUUGUUGUUGUCUUAAACAAGUCUUCAUAGCACUUCAUAGAUUUAAACUGAUUUCAUCUGCAUCCAAAUAAUAAUAAUAAGUAAUAAUUGUAGACAGGAAUCUUUUUUUCCUAUAAAUAUAAAGUGAUUAAUGUUUCUGAUUCUCUCUUGUUUCUGUCAUUUUAAUCAAAUAAUAAACAUAUAUCAUUGCAAAUAU